AUGCUCAGUGGAAUAGGUGCAGCGGCAGAUCUCCAAAAGUUCAACAUCACUGUUAUCAAAGACUUGCCUGGUGUUGGCCAGAAUCUUAUGGACAAUCAAGAGAUGCCAAUUGUCGGAUCUGGAUCUGCAGGACAGGGGGAUGCAGGUCUUGCAAUGAUUAAGACGAAGCAUCCCGCUCAUGGGGAGCGCGAUAUGUUCUUGAUGGGCGGCCAAGGCUUCCUUUUCCGAGGCUUCUGGCCGCAGAACCCUAUUAGAGUACCUGCGGAGCCUCAACAGCCAUACGGUGUAAGCAUGGUGAAAGGAUCCUCUGUCAACAACAAAGGCUGGGUAAAGCUCAAGUCCGCGGAUCCGCAAGACACCCCGGAAAUCAACUUCAACCACUACGCAACUGGAUCAGAGUAUGACUUGAAUGCGAUGAAAGACACUGUGGCGUGGAUCCGCAAGAUCUACACUAGAAUUGGCAUUACCCCCUUGGAGCCACCUUGCAACGGAACUCCAGAUGCUAACGGAAGCUGUGGGAAAGCGGAUGAGGACUGGAUUCACAAGCAGACCUUCGGACAUCACCCGACUAGCACGAAUAAGAUCGGCGCAGAUAACGACACCAUGGCUGUGCUCGAUUCUAAGUUCCGGGUUCGUGGAGUCGCUGGACUGCGAGUCGUUGACGCAAGCGCCUUUGCAAGAAUCCCUGGCAUCUUCCCAGCAGUAUCGACUUUUAUGAUCAGCCAAAAAGCUUCGGACGACAUGAUUGCUGAGCUAAAGGCUGGUACUGCAAUCUCAACCUGUUGA